AUGUCCAGGCACGCCAGUAUCCAGCACCUUAAGGCUGGAGACUCUGAAGAGUGCAACAGUAGUAUCUGGGACUUUGCUACGGACAUCAUUAUGAAAGGAGUUCGGUACGGCUCCAAGUUCGCAGUCCGCAUUCUGUGUAAGCACAAGAAAAAGACCAGGAUCAUCAUCAACACUGCCAAUAUUGUUGUUUUUGUCAGUGCUGAUCAGGUUCGUCAAUGGGACCGAUUUCGUGAUGACUGA